CAACAUUUCGAGCAUUACAGAAGAAGACGCACUUGUCAAGAUGGCGGCGGCCUGUAGGACUGCACUUGCGGGGUUAAAUGUUUUUCACUCCUUUUGUACACCUAAACAGACUCUGAGAAGCGGCUGGAGUGUGGUGGAGCAGGUCAGAGGGUACUAUGUUGACUGGAGAAUGCUACGCGACGUGAAGAGAAGGCAGAUGGCCUUUGACUAUGCAGAUGAAAGACUACGGAUCAAUGCACUAAGGAAGAACACUGUUCUCCCCAAGGAGCUUCAGGAUGUUGCUGAUAAAGAAAUCGCCGCGCUGCCACGUGACAGCUGCCCAGUACGAAUCCGGAAUAGAUGUGUGAUGACCUCACGGCCGCGGGGCGUCAAGCGCAGGUGGCGUCUCAGUCGCAUAGUCUUCCGUCACCUGGCGGACCACAACCAGAUGUCUGGAAUACAGCGGGCCAUGUGGUGAUUUUAUUUAUCUCAAUGAUGUACUGGUAAAAAAUAAUAAUAAUAGGUGGUCAUCGUUUGCAGUGAGUAAAGUAAUGGUUAGUCAUUGUCGGACGACCGGACCAACACAGUACACUAUGCUGUGAACUCUGUUUUUCUUUUCCACCCCACUUUGAAUUAUGUUAAUUGAAGGUUGCAACUGGCAGCUUAAAGGUGUCAACUGUAUUAAAACAAAUAAAAGGAUGUAUGUUUGAA